AUGGAGAUGCUGGACAAGCUGGUGGCCAAGCAUUCAAGUGCUGAAGCAACUUCUGCUGUUGCUACUGUCCUUGGGCUUACCAGUGAGGUUGAGGAUAGCAAAUCUUACUUGGCUGCCUGUGCAAAAGAGGUGAAUGCAAAGUCUCCUUGGGUGGAGUUUGAUUGGCAGGAGGAGGCCAUACAGAAGGAUCAAUAUGCUUGUCUAGGCCUUUCUGAUGAUGGGUGUUAUGGAGGCAAAAUCAUUCUGGGAGGCAAGUUGGAUGACUCCACAAACAGCAUCAAGCUUGACCGAGCUGAGCUUGGAUCCUCAUCUCGCUUUUUACGUCACUUUGGCUCACGACAUUUCCUCCGCAUCAAGAUUCCAAGAAAAUGUACCUUAGGGUUAACCAUGCUCAAGCGCUGGCGACCGGGUCUGUCGUUGCUAGCACAACUAAGUGGGCAAACAUUUUUGAUGGGUUCUCUUCAGUCCCUCAAGCUCAAGUACUUAUACUAG